AGUCGCGUCUCAGACGCUGUAUCGUCAACAAUUGGUGAUUUUUUUGGGAGGAAUAUGCCUCUACAGCCUCAUACUCUCAUUUAAAUACAAGAAGUGGCUCAAUUACAUAUCUUCUGAUUUUUUUUCUUCUUCAAAUUGUAUCAAUUCCUAAAUUGGGUGGACACUUCAAUGUCAGUUUCUCUGGGACUUGGACAUAAAAUUGUGCGUGAAAAAUGUGUUAGUGCAUUUUUUUUACACUUGGAGUUUAUGGUUAUUUUUUAUUGGAAAUCUUGAGGAAGUUGAAUUCACCAAUUUGGAAGUGAAGAUCUCUCUGAAACUUUGAACUGUGUUUGAGGAAAAAAAAAGACGACGAUUAAUUUGGAGGUGAUUGUUGUUUUUUCUCGUUGGACAAUCAAAUUUCAAAUCGUGCCGCAAGAUUCUGACUUCUCGGUGUUGGGGCAAAAAAAGUGAAAGUGAACUGACCACCCCAACAAGGACAAUAGUAGCACUGGUGGACGUAAACUGAAGAAAAAAAAACUGAGAUAAAUCAUCCGUGACAGAAGGAUUAAAAGUUGGACAGUGUGGCACAAUUUUUGGACAAUUUCCUAAAGCGCGCGCCCAGAUUGAAGAAAAAAAAUCGAAGACGGCAUCAACGGUGAGGGCUCUCCAAAGUCCAAGAAAGUCACAAGAGACUCACAUAAUAAUUAAUUAUCCGAUUUGUGUGUGUCACAGGAGUUCCGUGAAGUUGGACUUUAUUUGGCUAUAGAGUGAAAGAACACGACGGCUAUUACCCAUUGUCUUUAGCCUGUGAUAGACUUUUUAUUUUAGUAAAUCCGCCGGAGUGUGUAAUUUUUUUUUUGGCUCCUGACAUCCAAAAAUCGUUUGCAGAGGAUUAUUGUUUUUUGUUGUGUUCUUGUGCGACUUAAAGUGAACUGUUGGUGGUACCGUGAGUUUGUUUCGUGCUGGAGGACAAAAGAGAUAAGCACCAGGAGGCUGCUGGACCCUCGUCAUCAGGUGUGGUGCUAUUCGUUGUUAGUCUUAUUUCACAUCACACAUCAUACAGUUAAAAAGUUCUCAUUCACAUUAAUUAAUGUGCUUGUCGUAUUUAUGGUUUUUAAUGCAUUCUUAAGUGUUUUCGUGCGUUUUGCUGCUGAGCAUCCCCCUUUAUAUUUAUUAUUAGUCACCAUUUAUCAUCUCUGCGCCUCCCAAAUUUUUUCAGUGAAGACUAAAAGAGACAUAAAAAUUUCACCAAUCAAGUUCUAAAUUCUUAUGACAUAGAAUAACGGUAAAAAAGAAAAGUUAAUAAAUUUUUAAUAGGUCAGAUUUGUUAAAUGUUUUACCAAGAAAUAAACCUUAUGCAAUUUUUGGAUUGUUAAAAUAUGCUCACAACAAGAACAUUGACGUGAACAAGAAGAACGAUUAAAUGAACAUAAAACUUCCUCGGACAUGCGAACACGCUUGGCAUCAUUGAUAAUUGUGAAGCAGGAACCACAGGACGAAGAAUUCUUGCUGACACCAUCUGCAGCCAAUCUCACCCAAUUUGUCUUGACCCAUUCAAAUAGUGAAAAUGAAGACAGUAACAAUAAUAUCACUGAAAUCAAUGGCUACAGCUAUUCAGUGUCACAUCAGUUUGAUGUAUUAAAUAAUAAUAGUAGUGGACGAGAAGUAUUCACCAAUAUUCAACAUUGCAACAACCAUCAAAACAACUAUCCAGAAGAUAAGGAAAAAGACGAAGACAAGUGUGCACCUUCACUGUUGUCGGCCAUCGUUGCACAGCAGGGCAUCGUUAGUCCAGAAUCCAGUCAAGAGGAGAGUGGAACUGCUACAACAGUAGCUGCGGCAACUGCUGGGACAGGAAGCACCGGCGAAGGAAUUGCCGCAUCAACUAUGCUGCUAUUGCAAUCUCAACAGAGCACCUUUAGUUCUCUUUCUUCGUUUGAUCUUUUGUCAUCUAAUCAGCAGUAUCCAUCUCAGCAAUAUCACCAGUUACAUCAGCAGAUUCAACAGGAAGCAGAAUCUGUGCAUUUUGAUCUCGGUGGAAGUGAUCUUGAUCCUCUGGACGUUCUCUAUCCCCCAACAUCUUUAUCUUUUGCCACUCAGGCUAUCCCAUCGACAUCACAAGGUCGCACCAGUGACACAUCCUUUGCUGAUCAGCUACAACACUCAAAUUCCUCCAGUGACACCCUCGUCGGUCUCAGCAGUCAGUCCAGUCACUUUGGUGGCUCUGUUGAGAGUCUUCCCAAUACUCUUGUACCUCUAUUUCACAAGGAGGAAACCAGUGUUCUCCUAUCGCCUACAGAUCAAACCUCAGGCACCCUAGAGCGACCCACAGAGCUCGGUCCACUUACUCUGCGCUCCAGCAGUGAUCCUGCUAUAUCACUCCAUUCUCUCCAAUCGCACCAACCUCAAGCUUCAUCGUCCACAACUCCAACAGCACCAGAUUCACCUCUGCCAAGUUUCCAGGAGACCUACUCCAUCAAAUACAGUCAAUUGGCCAGUUUCGGUCUCAAGAUGGACGAAGAUGCCUUCAAUGUGGCAUCUCCCUAUCAUGCAGGCGUUGUAGCCUAUCAACAUAGCCAUCAGCAUCCCUUCAGUGGAUCCUCAUCUACAAUUCAUCACCAAGGACACUAUGACUUUCACGGACAGCACACUUCAUCAGCUGGUCAGCAGCAUCCUCCUCAGUACAUGCAACAGAGUGCAGGAGGAUUCUAUCAACAGCAAUCUUUUGAACAACAUCCAAUGCAAUACACGCCCAGUACUCAAGAGCGCUACUCUCUUCCUCCCUUUCCCACUGUCUCUGAACUCCAUGUAUCCACCACGAGCCAGAGGAGAGCAUCACUUCCGCUGCAGCGUUCCGAAUCCACCUCGAGCAGCGAGAGUCCCAAACCACCCCGCGCACAACUACCCAAAGGAUUCCUGCCCAGCGCUUCGAGUUCCGCCUCCAGUUCACCGGGCUGCAUCAACAACAACAAUCCAGCAGCGGCCAAUAACAACGAGCCGGGACUAAGUCGUGCCAGUAUACAUCCGACACCCCAGAGUCCCUCGCAGCUGUGUGCUGUUUGUGGAGACACAGCGGCAUGCCAGCACUACGGGGUGCGUACAUGUGAGGGAUGCAAGGGUUUCUUCAAGCGCACGGUGCAGAAGGGCUCAAAGUACGUAUGCCUGGCGGAUAAGGCAUGUCCCGUGGACAAACGGCGACGCAACCGUUGUCAGUUCUGUCGCUUCCAGAAAUGCCUGGCUGUGGGCAUGGUAAAAGAGGUGGUGCGAACAGAUAGUCUCAAAGGACGACGUGGUCGGUUACCCUCAAAACCCAAAUCUCCGCAGGAGUCCCCACCGAGCCCCCCAGUAUCCAUGAUCACGGCCAUGGUGCGUGCUCAUGUUGAUACAACACCCGAUCUGGCCAGUCUGGACUACACACAGUACAGAGAGCCAACACCCACAGAGCCAGUGCUCUCUGAAGCAGACAAAGUACAACAAUUCUACAAUCUCCUCACCACCUCAGUGGACGUGAUCAAGCACUUUGCCGACAAGCUACCUGGAUUCAGUGAUCUCUGCUCGGAGGAUCAGGAGCUCCUGUUUCAAUCAGCCUCACUGGAGCUUUUUGUGUUGCGACUGUCGUACAGGGCACGCAUCGACGACACCAAGAUGACCUUCUGCAAUGGCGUGGUGCUGCACAAGAUGCAGUGUCAGCGUUCCUUCGGUGACUGGCUCAAUGCCAUCCUCGAGUUCAGCAAGAGUCUUCAUGCCCUCGAGAUCGACAUCUCCGCUUUCGCCUGUCUCUGUGCUCUCACGCUCGUUACUGAGCGUCAUGGAUUGAAGGAGCCAAAAAAGGUUGAACAGUUGCAGAUGAAGAUCAUUUCCAGUCUGCGUGACCACGUUACGUACAAUGCAGAGGCACAACGGAAACCGCACUACUUCAGUCGCCUCUUGGGCAAACUGCCCGAGCUGCGAUCCCUCAGUGUCCAGGGACUUCAGCGAAUAUUCUACUUAAAAUUGGAAGAUCUUGUCCCUGCACCUCCACUCAUUGAAAAUAUGUUUGUGGCCACAUUACCCUUCUAAAGACAUUUUUUUGUAAGUGCGUGGAAUUCUUCUGUAAAGAUUAUUACCUUGCACAUGUUAUCUUCCCAAUAUAAAUAGACAUUUUACCAGUUGGUUUUUUCUUGUGAACAUUGAUAAAAAAAAGACAAGAGAUAAAGACAUUUUGCAUUGAUAAGUAUGAUAUUUUACACUCGGUUUUUUUUUUCUUUUAGAGAAAAAGACAAAAGCAAAUGUUUCUUUUUAAAAUUGUGACUAUAAAAGACAGAAUAGACAUUUCUUAGAUCAAUAGUAUUUCUUUUUUUGGCAAAAUGAAGUGUUUUGCACUUGAUUUCUUUUUUUUUAGUUAUUCUAUGUAGAUUUGUAAUUUAAAGAGAGGAAAAAAAAGUUUUAUACAUGAGAUUUUAUCUUUUAAUUUUCAAUAAACUAAACUUAUUGUGAUUUUUAUAUACUUAUUCGGAAUUAUCAAUACUCAUUCAAUGAUAUUUUGAGUUUUUGUAUACAAAUUUAUUUGAAAAUAUAUUUACUAAAUAAGAUUUAAAUGUAAGUAAAUAUUAGUAAUUAGACUGUGACCGGUACAAAUGUAGGUUUUCUUUUUAAAAUUGCAUUGUAGAAAGUGUACACUAUAAAAUCUUCAAUAUUUUAUUUUCCUUUUGACAACACUUUGUAAUUUAUGCUCUAUAAAAAAAAUAAAUAAAUUGAUAAUUGUAAAAAUUACCAAUAUCAAAUUUACACAAGAAAUUUAUUAGAAGCAGACAUCAUGUUGCACUCUAAAUUGUUAGAAUGAAAAUAUAUUUGGAAAUUAGAUGUCAAAUUGUUCACCAUGUAGAUUUAAAAGACAGAAAAAAAUACUGCAAAAUUUAUUUAAUCUAGAUGUAAUGUAAUAUCUUAAGAAAACUCUCUAUGGUUACCGAUAGUAGACAAAAAAAAGACCCUAGUCCCUAAAAGAAAUUUUGUUUUAUAAUAAAUUAUUUCUGUUUUUUUUUUUAAGUUACCAAUUGCCUGCCAUUGAUUUAGUAAACACCAUUUUUACUAUUAAUGAGAAGUAUUGUAAAUUUUAGAAAAUAUUCUUGCCAAUAAGAAAAAAAUUUAAAGCAUACUCAUAGCUGAAUAAAAAAAAACGAAGAAAAAGAAUUAUGCACCUUUUUGAAUAAAAAAUAAAGUAAUAAUAAUAGAAAAAAAAAUGAGAAAAAAUACACAAUAAGAAACAUGAAGAAUUUCGAAAGAAAAAGUACCUUGAUAGACGACAAUUUCAAUUUGAGAAUAAAAAAAAAUAUUUUAGAAAUUUACAAAGAUUUAAAAAAAAUGAAAUUAAAGAAAAAAAAGAGAAGAGAUAACCUAAAAGUGCCAUUUUUAGAUCUUUAAAAAGGAUUAAAAAAAGAGAACAAGAGGAAAAAAUACGAAAAAAAAAUUUACUAUUAUAUAUUUUCUAAAAUUGCCUUUUUGAUAGAAUUUUGGAACAAUUUUAUCUUAAUUUCUUUUCUUAUUGAAAAUAUCUCUUUGUAAGAUCCAAGAAUGAAGUUACGGAUGAAGCAUGCAUAAAAAAAAGAAACUAUCCCUGCAACACAGUGUAAUAUUCAGAAAAUAAUUACUGUGAUGGAGGAAUGAUUUUGUGAUAUGAAAGAUGAUUUUUCAGGGGAACAAAAGAAAAAUUGGCUUUCAUGAUAUAAAAAAAAUUGAUUUUACUAUCUUUAUAAAUUGAUAAAUAUUCUUUUUACUUGACACUCACUUUUGACCGUCCUAAUGAGAUUUAUCAACUUUUUUAAUAGGCAUUACCCAUGUGCACCUUAGCAAAAACAAAAAACAAGUUGCAAAGAUAUUUGCUUGAAUAGAAUUCCUGCGCAAUGCCCAGAGAAAGCUGAAAAAAAAUUAUUCUUCUAUAUAUAGCGUAUUAUACUCUUCAACAAAUACCUUGUAACUUCUAAUAUACGACCUUAUCCGAGAUGAACUUUCAAGAAUUUUACAUACAUAUCUAGCAAAAAUAAAUUUAAUUACCCGUACUACAUUAGUUAUUGUAUUGUAUUUGAGAUGCAUGAAUGUUGUCAAAGCACAUAAUUUAAAUAAAAAGAAUAUAAUAUAAUAAUUCAUGAAUAUAUGAAUAAAGAAAGUGUACGAAAUAUCAAA